AUGGCAAUGGAGUAUUGUGAUCCGUGUAGAAAUCGUUCCAGAUCUAUAACAGCUUCCUUCUGGUGCCCGUUUUGUCGCGAGGCAUUUUGUAAGGUAUGCUGCCAGUUCCACAAAACCAUGAAGUUGACGAAGACCCAUCAAGUACGACCAAUAGCCGACAUGUCGUCGUACGAGCGGGAGCAUCGUGGGGAGGUUACAUACAACCUGGAAAGUGCACUUAAUGACGUCAAUUUUAAUGAGAAAACACAGCUCCGAGAGAUUGACAAUAUUUUGGUGGUAAUGGAUAGUCUGAGUGACACUGCUUUGACACUGAAGAAAAUGUUCUUUGAUCUGAAAAUGCAGAACGAAUCGGAGAAAGUUGAUUGUCUGAGAAAAGCGUCAUUGUUUCGUGAUCGCCUGAAACAGUUGGCAGAUGACUUUGAAGGACAUAUAGCUGCAGAACUUGAGUAUACACAACAUGCAGAAAGUCUACAGAUUGAAUCUAAAAUAGAAGAAUGCGAUAAUAUAUUUAACGCCAUUGAGAUGUCCAAAGAUCUGACACAGAGUAUGAAAUCUGAAUAUAUUACUCCACAGACCAUUCACAAAGUGAACGCGGCACGUCAACGCUGUUUGGAGUACAAAUAUUCCCUCCAACGUGUUCACAGCAGGCUGCAGCCCGUCCAUUACGACCUUGCUAUAGACAGGAAUGUAAACGACGCUUUAAACACCACGCCAGGGGUAAUCGGCAAAGUAGAAGUCAGUCAUGAAAACGACGAUAUCAUUGAGGAUCGACACACAAAGCCAGACCAAUCAAAAGGAAGGCGUGGAAGCAGUGUGUCCACAACAAGCAGUAGAAUGACGGCAGUGUCCCGACCACAGUCUUUCAAAACGUUAAGUUCUGAGCAUGCGCAGAAACUGCACGAUAUCCGACUUAAUCGUAAAGACGACCAGGACGAGCCAAUGAUCGCCGCUAUAUGCACCCUCAACAACAACCACUUUCUAACGCUUGAUCGGAACAAUAAUAAAAUGUUGCUGGUACACAACGACGGUGUUAUCGUCACCCAGUACGUGUUUACAAGCCAAAUAUGGGACAUGACUCUUAUUGAUUCAUUGACUGCAGCAGUUACCGUUCCUGACAAUGACAAAAUUGUUCUUGUAAAGGUCAGAAAUAACAAUCUUUGCGCAGAGCGGCUGAUCAAAACCAGCAACAUAUGCUACGGAAUCUGUACGAUAGAGGGCUUUAUAGUUGUUACCGUCAAAGGUGGGUACGUUAAAAUCGUCACAAAAGCCGGAGAGGAGGUUGCAUCAUUGAGACACAAUCAGCGCGGUGAAAUCCUCUUUACUGACCCUCAACACGUACAAACAAACCGAGACCAGAACGAACUGUACGUCACAGACUAUACGUUACACACCGUGACCGGUCUUAUUCUAACCGGCGUGAAAAUUGAUUCUCAACCGAAAUUCGUUUUCAGAAACAACGAACUCAGGAACCCAACAGGAAUGUGUCUUGAUAUACAUGGACACAUCUACGUGUGUGGUUACUCCUCACACAACGUCGUGAAGCUGUCUCCUGGGGGAGUUUUGCUUCUUGUUCUGCUGUCUGGAGUCAUCAAUCCAAAAACCGUGUCCCUCUCUGCCAUGGAGGACCAGAUGUACGUUUCCUCUUUGAUAACAGGCGGCGGAAGAUCCAAGCACAUGCAAAACGUCAUCGAGGUUUUCAAAUUAUGA